AUGGCCAUCCCAAUGCGCGCAAUGAAGGCGAUGAAGGCCAUGAAGGCGAUGAAGGCCAUGAAAGCGAUGAAGGCCAUGAAAGCGAUGAAGGCCAUGAAGGCGAUGAAGGCCAUGAAAGUGAGCAAGAUCGCCAAGGGCGCUCACGCGCGCUACUCGGUCUUUGCGGGAGGCAAGGAGAAGACCUACACCGGCCUGAAGAAGUCGGACCUGAUGAAGAACAAGCGUGGCAAGAUCGUGACCAAGAAGUCGCACGCCGCGGCCAAGAAGAACUACAAGAACAUCUCUGGCUGGACGAAGGCUUGCCAACAGGCGCGCAAGGAACUCGGGAUCAAGGGCUUUUGCCCAGUCGGAGGGAAGACGGCUCAGGGAAAGGCCCUCUAUGCCAAGGUCAAGUCCCUGUACAACGCCUGA